GCAUGAUAAUGUUAAUCCAAUCGACAAUCAAUAUAAAAAAUGACGCAAUCAAGAUGUAAAAUACCUUAUAUAAGAUAGUAUAAAAGAGUAUAAAUAAGUAUAGGGGAACAUAACACGGUAUCUAUCAUUGUGAAAUUAGGUGUGAAAGGUGUUUAAAAAUGAGGUUCCUUAUUCUACUUGCCGUAUUGGCUGUAGCUGUGAAUGCUACAUCAAUCCACCAACAAUGGGCUACAUUUAAGGUAAACCAUUCCAAGAAGUACGGACAUCUUAAAGAAGAGCAAGUUCGCUUCCAAAUUUUCUCUCAAAAUCUCCGCAAAAUUGAAGAACACAAUGCAAGAUACCAGAAUGGUGAAGUGUCCUUCUACUUGGGGGUUAAUCAGUUCGCAGAUAUGACUUCAGAGGAAUUCAAGGCUAUGCUUGACUCCCAACUCAUUCACAAGCCUAAACGAAACAUUACAUCCCGAUUUGUAGCUGAUCCUCAAUUGACUGUUCCAGAAUCAAUUGACUGGAGAGAAAAGGGGGCAGUUGCUCCCAUAAGGGACCAAGGGCAAUGUGGAUCAUGUUGGGCAUUUAGUGCAGCUGGUGCUCUUGAAGGACAAAGAUUUUUAAAGCAGAACGUACUAGAAGUACUGAGUACCCAACAGUUAGUAGAUUGUUCCGGUGAUUACGACAAUGAAGGCUGCAAUGGUGGUUGGCCCCAUUGGGCAUAUAACUACAUUAAAGAUCAUGGCCUCUGUCUAGAGUCUGACUACAAGUAUCAAGGAUUAGACGGUGACUGCAAACAGUGUAAUCCGGUUAUCAAAACCAUCAAUGGCUAUGCAUCUGUAGAUCAAACCGAAGAAGCACUUAAGGAGGCUGUAGGUACUGUUGGCCCAAUAUCAGUAUGUGUCAACGCUAAUUGGGACUGGCAACUGUAUAGCGGGGGUAUCCUUGAUAGCCAAAGUUGUCCAGGCGACAUUUUAAACCAUGCAGUUUUAGCUGUUGGAUAUGGUUCAGAAAAUGGUAAAGACUUUUGGCUUAUCAAGAAUUCAUGGGACACUUAUUGGGGAGAAGCAGGUUAUUUGAGAUUAGUACGUGGUACAAACCAGUGCGGUAUCAAUAAAGUGGCCGAUUAUCCUCUCCUAUAAUUUUAAAAAUUGUCAUGCCUUACAGUUUAUAUAAUGAAACAUGAAUAAAAAUAUUAUAACUUUA